UGGACUUUCUGUCGCUUCAAGACCAGGACGUUACCAUACGAUGCUUACUCACAUCAAAUCGAUGACUCCAACAAGUGACGCCAUAAAAUAAGCGGCAUCACCACAACCCCUGUCACAAGAACCGUAGAUCACCGAACGUGGCACGCGAGCCCCCCGCGCACCCACAAAGACAAGAGUGGAUUAGUUACUGAAUUGCACCAUCAAACCCCGCGACCUCGCAACCUCCCGGGGAGUUCUUGUCUUGUUUUUUAUUCCUUCUCAAUAUCAAGCCACUGACGAUCUCUUAACCCUUUCUCAUGAUAUAACAUAAACAUGCCGCCAGCCGAAAACUCAGAGGCCGGUCGUCUCUUGAAGUCUCAAUCUCGCGAGUCUGCCUCUUGCACCAUGGCUGAUAAGGAAGAAGAGCGUAAAGCCUACGGGGCGAUUAAUAAUGAUGGGAGGAGGAAUAGCCUUGUUGACGCUGCUGAUGAUGAAGCGAUUAUUCCGAAAGGGGCUUUGGAUCCGGUUUAUGAGGCGAAAGCUCGUAUUCUGAACCGUGCUAUUCAAGAUCUCGGUAUGGGGCGGUAUCAGUGGGAGCUUUUCGUCGUCAUAGGCUUUGGCUGGGCGAGCGAUAAUCUCUGGCCAAUCGUCACAUCGCUUAUUCUUACACCUGUCGCCAAUGAGUUCAGCGUAAGCAAUCCGCCAUACCUUACUCUGGCGCAGAACAUUGGUCUUUUAGCUGGUGCAAUGUUUUGGGGCUUUGGCUGUGAUGUUUUUGGUCGAAAAUGGGCAUUCAACAUUACACUCGGUCUUACAGCAAUUUGGGGCCUCAUUUCAGCCAGCGCUCCUAAUUUUGCAGCCAUUGGCGUUUUCGACGCAUUGUGGUCUUUUGGUGUCGGCGGAAAUCUACCAGUUGACUCGGCCAUUUUUCUUGAGUUCCUACCUGCGUCGCAUCAAUAUCUCCUCACGGUUCUCUCCAUUGACUGGGCUAUUGCGCAAGUCAUCGGUACACUUAUCGCAUGGCCACUUCUAGGCAAUUACACAUGCGAACAGGAUACAGUUUGUCGACGAAAAGAUAACAUGGGAUGGCGAUAUUUUACCAUCACGGUUGGCGGAUUAACACUUCUCAUGUUCCUUGUGCGCUUUGUUCUGUUCAAGAUCUACGAAUCGCCGAAGUAUCUCAUGAGUAAGGGUCGUGACGAAGAGGCUGUUAGGGUGGUGCAUACUGUUGCCAAGAAGAAUGGGAAGACGUCGACGCUUAGUAUUGAGGAUCUGAAGGCUUGUGAGCCGGAGGGUUAUGUUGCGCAGACAGAUACCAGCGCCGCACUCAAACGAUAUUUGGAGAAGGUCGACUUGUCGCAUAUCAAGGCUCUCUUCGUUACCAGAAAACUUGGUCUCAGUACGGGAUUGAUCAUGGCAGUUUGGGCACUCAUCGGCCUUGGAUAUCCCCUCUAUAACGCCUUUAUUCCGUAUAUCCAGGCGACUAAGGGUGCCGACUUUGGCGAUGGAAGUACAUACCUCACGUACCGAAACAGUCUCAUCAUUGCUGUUCUUGGUGUACCAGGUGCUCUUCUGGGAGGGUGGCUUGUUGAGUUACCGCGACUGGGACGAAAGGGCACGUUGUCACUCAGCACCAUACUCACCGGCGUGUUUCUCUAUUGCUCCACGACUGCUACAACAAGCGAUGCUCUACUUGGUUGGCAAUGCGCUUUCAACUUCUUCAGCAAUAUCAUGUACGCCGUUCUCUACUCUUUCACUCCGGAGCUUUUCCCUACGCCUCAUCGCGGAACGGGCAAUGCUUUGUGCGCGUCUUGUAACAGAAUCUUUGGCAUCAUGGCACCCAUCAUUGCGAUCUUCGCAAACCUGGAAACGUCUGCCCCUGUAUACACAAGUGGCGCAUUGUUCAUAGCAGCUGGACUCUUGGUGUUGAUUAUGCCUUUUGAGUCUAGAGGUAAAGCUGCACUAUGAGUAAUGAUGUGAUACCCGAUUGGUUAUGGAUGAUGACGAUGGUAUGAAUGGCAAAAUAUGAAGCGAAGCACUCGUUAGAGAUGUAAUGAAAUAGCGAUUUGUUGCACUAGCUGCACUGAUUAAUGAUAAAAGACU